ACCAGUGCUAGUACUUGAGUUUUGGACUUCGCCGAUAUAAUAAUUACCAUCAUCUAUUACUAGAAGAAUUUCGACUUUUGGGUAGGGCAUGUUGUAUAUACGAUACGACUGAUACGUGAUGCUGCUGUAUGUCCUCCGUUGCGGUAUGUUUGUCACUGUUACUAGUACUGGUACAGUAUGGCAAAGAAAUGAAUGGGAAAAGCUUGGAAAUUCUGGUACAGAGAUGCCGGAAAAGCCUUGCGAGCUUGAAGCAAAUACAUGGCCAGGCCAUUGCGCUGGGUCUCUUAAACCAGCACCAGACCCUGGCCUGCAGAUUACUCGACGCCUACUCCAAACUGGGCCAUCCGCUCCUAGCUCACUCCGUCUUCUUCACCCACAUUCGCAACCCUGACGUCGUCUCCUUCACCUGUCUCAUCUCCCUCUACCUCCAACUCCAACUCCCCGCCAAUGCCUUCUCCGUCUUCUCCCACUUGGUCCUUUCCGGGGUCAAGCCCGACGGCUUCUCCAUGGUCGCCGCCCUCUCGGCUUGCGGCCGGAUGGCGGACCUCGGCUGCGGCAAGAUUGUUCACUCUAUGGUCCUCAGGUUUGGGUUCUGGGGGUCUGAACCCAUUCUCGGGAAUGCUUUGAUCGACAUGUACAGCCGGAACGGCAGGAUUUUGUCGGCUCGGAUGGUGUUCGAGGGCAUGGAAGUUAAAGAUGUUGCUUCCUGGACCAGCCUGCUCAAUGGGUACGUAAUGUGCGACGACCUUGAUUCUGCUUUCCAGGUGUUUGAUAGAAUGCCCCAAAGAAGUUCUAUCUCCUGGACUGCUAUGAUAGCUGGCUACGUCCGGGGGAAGACCCCAAUUCGGGCACUCCAACUGUUUCAGCAAAUGAUCAGAGCACAAGGCGGAGGAGAAGAAGAAUGCCCUAAUGCCAUCACAAUUGUGGCUGUGCUCUCUGGCUGUGCUGAUAUUGGAGCUCUGGAUCUUGGCCGAUCAAUACACAGUUAUGCGUACAAAACCAAUCUGAUUUGGAACGUUGCCUUGAACAAUGCACUUGUUGAUUUGUAUUCAAAGAGCGGAACCCUUAAGUUGGCUGUUAAAAUCUUUGAUGAGAUUACGGAAAAGGAUGUCUUUUCAUGGACAGCCAUGAUUUCUGGGCUUGCCCUUCACGGUGAAGGAAGACAUGCUCUUGAACUUUUCACUAACAUGUUGGAAUCGGGGCACAUCCCAAACGAGGUUACUUUUGUGUCGGUGUUAUCUGCUUGCAGCCAUGCCGGUUUGGUAGUUGAGGGGCAGAGCUUGUUCAACAAAUUGAUUCAAUGCUAUGAUUUGGAAGCCAAGAUGGAGCACUAUGGAUGUAUGGUUGAUCUUCUUGGACGGGCAGGCCUCUUAGAUGAAGCGGCGAAGUUUAUUAAAGGGAUGCCCUUCAAGCCAGAUGCUGUGAUCUGGAGAUCACUUCUAAGUGCUUGCUUAGGACAAGGGAAUGUAAAGUUGGCUGAAAUGGCAGGAAAGAAGAUACUGGAAUUGGAACCUGAUGAUGAUGGAGUUUACAUGCUUCUAUGGAACGUGUAUUGGUCUGAGAAUAGGUUGGAAGAUGCAAUGAAGGCAAGGAAAAUGAUGAGAGAUCAAAAGAUUAAGAAAAGGCCUGGGUGUAGUUGGAUAGAGGUGAAUGGUGUUGUUCAAAAGUUCCUGGCUGACAGCACAGUGCUCCAGGUUGAUGCAGAAAUGUGCACUCUUCUGGAGAUAAUCAAUAAUCAGUCAAAAACGGAAGGUGAUCACUUUAGCUUUGAAUAACCUUUACUUAGUACAUAGGGGAGAUUUAAAUAUGUAACAAAAAGAGGUCCUCUGGAUAGCCAUUGUAGUCUAUAGAUGAGCAAAUGCUUAACCCAAGAAAGCAACCAAAAUUAGGGGAGGGUGGAUUCCUGGUCGGACACCGAUACUUGGGCCGCCCCAAUUAGCCAACUGACAAUUUCACCCCCCCUGCCAAGCCAUUUUACCCCUAUCAGCUGAGCAGGUUGACACGCUGGGUCGGCUAAAAUAUCGUUUUCCUUCCUGACCGGUGUUUGGACAUCGGGUCCGGUUUCUCUCCCUCCGAAUAUGCUUCAUGGUACAUUGGCAACCUUGUGAUCUUCAGCCUGAGGCCAUUAUAGUGCAUGACACUUUUGUGCUUUGCGAUGGUCAAGGGAAAGUUGCAUUUGCAUGCAACAUUGGUGAUGUGUGUGUGGUGUGUAUUAUAUAAUAAGAUAGAAGGCCGUUUGAAUAAGCGUCCGAUAGUUUUUUGUGCUUUA